AUGGUCUUUGGCUUUCGCUCCGCCGUCUCGCGCGUGACGCCGCGUCUCGCCGUGUUCGGCACCGGCGCCACGCUAGGCACGAUGCACUCGAGUCGCAUCGCCCGCACGGAAGAGAAGCGCGACCUCCGCGAUCUGGAGUUCGGCGUGCCGUCCGAUCGCAAGCGCGUGGAUCCGUUCUCGCCCUUUUUUCCAUCGGACAAACACCCGUGUACCCACGCGGGGAUGUUCAUUCCCGGCUGCCACGAGCUCAAGAUCUUCUCGGGCUCGUCGCACUUUGAACUGGCCGAUGACAUUGCGCGGCGGCUCGGCACGCGCGUUGGAAAGAUCACGCUCGGCCGCUUUGCUGAUGGUGAAGUGCAGGUGCAAGUGGGCGAGAGCGUGCGGGGCAAAGACGUGUACCUGGUCCAGAGUCUGGCAAGCCCCGUGAACGACAAUAUCAUUGAGCUCCUGCUUAUGGUGAGUACCAUGCGGCGAGCAAGUGCCAAGAAGGUGACGGUCGUCAUCCCGUACUAUGCGUACAAGCACCAUCGUCGUGCGAACCCGGCAGCUACUAGCUUGAAUUCCAAGUUUAUCCAGAGUCCUGCUGCUGAUAUUGCCAAGAUGCUCGAAGUGAUGGGGGUGGACCGCGUGAUUGCCGUGGACAUGCAGAUGCGUGUUGAAGGCCACGAGGCGUGUUUCUUUAGCUCGGACAUUCCCGUCGAGACAAUUGAGACGAUCAUGGCUGGCGUCGAGUAUUUUGCUACGCAAGUGUACAUUCGUCGUCCGCUUGUGGUGAUGGCGCCGAACCCAGAGUGCUUGCGUCGUGCACGUAUUUUCCAGACGGGUCUGAACAAGUGGCUCCCGGACUCACCGGCGCAGUUUGCCGUGUUUUUCCACGGGACGGGCAAAGAAGAGUCGGGGCAGCAGUCUCCUGCUGAUAUUGUGGGUGAUGUCAAGGGCGCUGACGUGAUUGUUGUGGACGACUUGAUUGACACGAGCGAAACGCUGUCCAAGCUCACGAACCUUGCUCUAAGUAAAGGCGCCCGAAAGGUGUACUGCUUUGCCUCGCAUCCGCUGCUAAACGGCGACGCCGAACGUUUGAUCGAGGACUCAAACGUGUCACAGGUUGUUGUGAUGGACACGAUUCCGGCCGACCCGAAGGCCUUUCACACCAACAAACUCAAGCGUCUGUCGGUCGCACCCAUGCUUGCGGAGCUGAUUCAAGCCGAGCACUUCAAGGCACACUCGUACAUUGACAAGGUGAACUCUCGAGAGGACUUCAAGUACGUGCACCACUAUUAA